GCUUACACAACAGAGAGAAGAGUCUACGGUGCUGGAGGGAUUUGUGAGGGUAGUUUAUUUGGUUGUAAUGUAUACAGAAACUGUUAACUUUGUGUAAUUUGGGCAUCGUAUCUGCUGUUAAGCUGCAGCAGACACAUUAAAGGAGGUGAAACAGGGUUAAAACUGUCCUGACAACAACAACAACAACAACAAUGAAGUUGAACAUCGAAGGGCUGUUAGUUUAUUUCCCAUAUGACUACAUCUACCCAGAACAGUAUUCUUACAUGCUGGAGCUCAAGAGGACAUUGGAUGCCAAAGGUCAUGGCGUUCUGGAGAUGCCCUCAGGGACAGGAAAAACAAUUUCACUUCUGUCUUUGAUUGUUGCCUAUCAGAAGGCCUACCCUCUCGAAGUGACCAAGUUGAUUUACUGCUCUCGAACUGUACCCGAGAUAGAGAAGGUGGUAGAGGAGCUGAGAAAACUAAUGGACUACUAUGCAAAGGAAGCGGGAGACGAAAAUCAAUUCCUUGCUCUAGCACUUUCUUCAAGAAAGAAUCUGUGCAUUCAUCCUGAAGUGAGCUCUCUGCGCUUUGGUAAAGAGGUGGAUGGAAAAUGUCACAGUCUGACAGCAUCUUACAUUCGUGCACAACGUCACAGUAACCCCAGCCAACCUGUCUGCCGCUUCUAUGAGGAGUUUGAUGCCGUGGGCAGGCAGGUGCCAAUUCCUCCUGGCAUUUACAACCUAGACGACCUUAAAGAUUUUGGACGGAGGAAAGGCUGGUGCCCGUACUACCUAGCACGCUACUCACUUCUUCAUGCUAAUAUAGUGGUUUACAGUUACCAUUACCUUCUGGAUCCAAAAAUCGCAGACCUGGUCUCAAAAGAGCUUGCAAAGAAAUCUGUUGUUGUGUUUGAUGAAGCUCACAAUAUUGACAAUGUGUGCAUUGACUCAAUGAGCGUUAACAUCACCAGGAGGACGCUGGACCGCAGUCAGGCCAACAUGGACACACUUCAGAAUACCAUCCAAAGGAUAAAGGAAACUGAUGCUGCUAAACUACAAGAGGAGUACAGGAGAUUAGUGGAGGGACUGAAAGAAGCCAAUGUUGCCAGAGAAACCGAUAUCUACCUGUCUAAUCCAGUACUCCCAGAUGAAAUACUCCAAGAGGCUGUCCCAGGUAAUAUCCGCACAGCAGAGCACUUUAUAGGCUUCAUGAAGCGUUUCCUGGAGUACCUGAAGGCUCGGCUGCGUAUCCAUCACGUUGUGCAGGAGAGUUCUCCUCAGUUCCUUAAAGAUAUCCAUGAGAAGGUGUGCAUUGACCGCAAGCCCCUCAGAUUCUGUGCAGAGAGGCUACGUUCAUUAUUGAGAACUCUGGAAAUCGCAGACAUUGCUGACUUCUCUGCCAUUACUCUGAUCUCCCAUUUUGCUACACUUGUUAGCACCUAUAGCAAAGGCUUCACAAUUAUCAUUGAGCCUUUUGAAGACAAAACCCCCACGAUCGCUAAUCCUGUUCUGCACUUCAGCUGCAUGGAUCCCUCCAUCGCUAUAAAGCCUGUGUUUGAGCGGUUCCAGUCAGUCAUCAUCACUUCAGGGACUCUUUCUCCACUGGAAAUCUAUCCCCGAAUCUUGGACUUCCACCCUGUUACCAUGGCAUCCUUUACUAUGACACUGGCACGCACCUGCCUUUGCCCUCUUAUUGUUGGGCGUGGAAACGACCAGGUGGCUAUGAGUUCCAAAUUUGAGACCAGAGAAGAUUUUGCUGUGAUCCGGAACUAUGGGAACCUGCUCCUGGAAAUGUCUGCCACUGUACCUGAUGGGAUCGUGGCAUUUUUCACCAGCUAUGUUUACAUGGAAAAUAUUGUAGCUUCAUGGUAUGAGCAGGGAAUUCUGGAAAAUAUUCAGAGGAACAAGCUUAUUUUCAUCGAGACUCCAGAUGCAGCAGAGACCAGCAUGGCUCUUGAGAAGUACCAAGAGGCUUGUGAAAAUGGCAGAGGGGCCAUCCUGCUGUCUGUGGCCAGAGGUAAAGUGUCUGAAGGGAUAGACUUUGUUCAUCACUUUGGGCGAGCUGUGAUCAUGUUUGGAGUGCCUUAUGUUUACACCCAGAGUCGAAUACUUAAGGCUCGUCUGGAGUAUCUGCGAGACCAGUUUCAAAUCCGUGAGAAUGACUUCCUGACCUUUGAUGCCAUGCGACAUGCGGCUCAGUGUGUAGGCAGAGCCAUCCGAGGCAAGACCGACUAUGGCCUCAUGAUCUUUGCUGACAAGCGCUACGCCAGAGCCGACAAGCGAGGUAAACUUCCCCGCUGGAUUCAGGAACAUCUCACAGAUGGCAGCCUUAACCUGACUAUUGAUGAAACAGUGCAGCUUGCCAAGCACUUUCUGCGGCAGAUGGCACAGCCAUUUAGACGGGAGGAUCAGUUAGGCCUGUCUCUGCUGACCCUGGAACAGCUGCAGUCCGAGGAAAUGCUGCAGAAAAUCUCUCAGAUUGCUCAACAGGCCUAAUACUUGUCACUGGGAUGGAAAAUGUGCUUAACCUUUGACACUUGUGUAUAUACUUUUUUAAAUGUUUUUCAUCAAACAAAAUGUCAGUAAUAAAUGCUGAUUAUUUCUACAAA